AUGAUGGAGACUCCACUCGGAGCUGCUGUUGCAAUGGCCGUGGUGUUGUAUCGGAGUCUUUCCGGAUGGGAGCAAACCUUGCAGGGCUCCAAGGACAGACAGGCGCAACCCUCGUCACUUUGGGGCAACGACAACCCCAACCACUGA